GCGCAUGCUCAUAGUCGAACAGAAUGUUGAGCAAAACGGACUAGAAAAGACAGACAGGCAUUGGCGUUUAAAAUUAAACUUUACUAUUUUCGUCUUAAAGCCAACCUUAUUUUCUCAUUUGUAGUGUGUAAAACAAUGACGGAAACCCAAUCGGCGCUGUUACUCAGGAGACAGUUGGCAGAACUAAAUAAGAACCCAGUGGAAGGAUUCUCCGCAGGUUUGAUAGAUGAUAAUGACCUUUACAGAUGGGAAGUUCUAAUAAUUGGACCUCCAGACACACUGUACGAAGGGGGAGUGUUUAAAGCACACCUCACAUUUCCCAAAGACUACCCGCUCAGGCCUCCCAAAAUGAAAUUCAUCACAGAAAUAUGGCACCCAAAUGUUGACAAGAACGGUGAUGUUUGUAUUUCUAUUUUGCACGAGCCUGGGGAGGAUAAGUACGGCUAUGAGAAGCCAGAAGAGCGCUGGCUCCCCAUCCAUACGGUGGAGACCAUCAUGAUCAGUGUCAUCUCUAUGUUAGCAGACCCCAACGGAGACUCCCCCGCUAAUGUGGAUGCUGCUAAAGAAUGGAGGGAAGACAGGCAUGGAGAAUUUAAAAAGAAAGUUGCACGCUGUGUAAGGAGGAGCCAAGAGACUGCCUUUGACUGAUGGUAAUCCAGCAGUUUGUAGCUUCACAAUUUUUUUCAGGGUCUCCAGCUAAGGAACAACAUGGCACUGUUUUACCUGCAUUCUACCACCCUGAUGGAUUUGUCUUGACUGAGCUUCUGCAGAGACAGACAGGGCAAAAAAAUAGACUGCAGUAGAACACAUGACCAUCACACAUGCUGGCAGAGGCCAAGCAAGUGCCAAUAUAAUAAAAGCAAAGAAAAAUAAAACAACAAAGCAUCACUCACUCUCUCUAAUCGUUGGAAGUGAUACAGCCUUUCAGGAAGCAAUUGUAAAGACCUGUACAUAGCACAGACUUAAAAAAAUGGAUGAUAUAAGGUAAGACUGAACCUCUCCAUCCAGUAAAACACUUAGCACCAAAUAAUAUUUAGUUAGGUUUUGAAUCCUGUAAAUUCUUGAGAGUAUUCACAUCCCUCCUAUCGACAAAGACUUUUAGUCAUUUAGUAGUGUGCAUUAGCUCUGUCACAGGUGCAAUGAAAGCCAACAUGGUAAAAAUUGAGAAGGGUAAGACUAUUUUACUUUUUUAUGAGUAGAUUCCCACUAUUGUGUAAGCUCACUCAUUCACAAAUGCUAAGAUGCAAAGCCACUUAAAUGGUCAUUUUGUGUGAUUAGUAAAGAGAAGUCCAUCGAUACCUAUAGCAUGCCUUGUUAUCUUGGACACAUUCUCAAUUAACACUUCAGGUUAAAACAAACACACAAAAAAAACAGCAAAUGGCCCGAAAGCUCCUGUCAGUCAUCAGUUAGUGGAGUUGGUUCGGUUUGAAAGACCUCAAGGCCGCACCCAAACCGGGUCCAGUUGUUUGGGGUGCCUCUGGGGAGCUGCAGUGCACAUCAGUGGUAAUUCAUGCAUGUUUGAGCUCUAUUGGUUUCAUUUGGUUUUCUUUUUAAAAGUGCCUCCUAAGGAAUUGCCUGGCUGUUACACACCUGCAUUGAACAGACGUUAAAAGGGUGUAAUAUGUCAGCAAAUUUGCUAUACACCCCGAGUGUGUGUAUGUGUGAAGAGUGUGUGUGAAGAGUGUGUGUGUGCGGUGUUUUUUUUUUUUUUUUUUUUUUUUUUUUUUCAUUUUGUUUUAUAACCCUUUGUACCAGCAUUAUGAUUAUUGAAAUGUUGUUAAUGCAUUGGUGUAGCAAUAAUCCCUUGCCUAUACCUGUACUUUGCAGAGCUUUUUCAUUUUGUGUGGUGAUUUGGUAGCAUUUAUGCAGCAUGCUUCAAUAGUAGGGUUUUCUGGCAGGAGUUCAUGUGAUUUUUAUUUUAAAAAAAAGAAGAAAAAAAAGACAAAAAUAUUGUCUGGAUGAGUGUGUUUAAUUUACCCUGUACCCCUUUCUCUGACCCACCCCACCCUCCAACCUUUGUGUUCUCAAUUUAUUUUAUUCUGGCUCUGGUGGACUACUGCAGUUUAUGUUGCCUAAUGUACAAAGACAAAAAUACUGAUGUAUAUUUUUCAUGUUAUGAACGGUCACCUUCUCUAGUGAGUUCUUCUAAAAUAAAAAUUUUCCAGCA